GAUACUCUUGUAUAUCAGGGGAAGACCGUGCUCGCCCUGACAGAAGCUGUCUACCGGGCUGCGGCAGUCAUGUCUGGCAGAGGAAAGGGCGGAAAAGGCUUAGGCAAAGGGGGCGCUAAGCGCCACCGCAAGGUCUUGAGAGACAACAUUCAGGGCAUCACCAAGCCUGCCAUUCGGCGUCUAGCUCGGCGUGGCGGCGUUAAGCGGAUCUCUGGUCUCAUUUACGAGGAGACCCGCGGUGUGCUGAAGGUGUUCCUGGAGAAUGUGAUUCGGGACGCAGUCACCUACACCGAGCACGCCAAGCGCAAGACCGUCACAGCCAUGGAUGUGGUGUACGCGCUUAAGCGCCAGGGGCGCACCCUGUACGGCUUCGGAGGCUAGGCCGCCGCUCCAGCUUUGCACGUUUCGAUCCCAAAGGCCCUUUUUAGGGCCGACCACUUGCUCAUCUGAGGAGCUGGACACUUGACUGCGUAAAGUGCCACAGUAACGAUGUUGGAAGGUAACUUUGGCAGUGGGGCGACAAUCGGAUCUGAAGUUAACGGAAAGCUACUGUGGCCCAUAGCGCUCACAGCCGUAAAGACCGAAAGCGGCUUUUUCACUUACCUGGGCUCUUUUUUUUUUUUUUUUUUGCCUUUAUUGAUAUGAAAGGUUGAAUGCUCUAGGUUUGAGCACUGCUUUCUCAGCUUGCUCUUCUGGUGCAGUAUAGGCACACCUAGAGGGCCACGUCAGUCUUUGCGAUCACCAAGUCUGGUUCUGAGAAAUAGGCACUGGCAAUUUACACAUGCCUUGCUAUGUAAUCUUACUAUAUUUGCUCAGGCAAAGUGGGAGAAGCAGCCCUAGGUUUUCAUUCUACAGAUGCCGGCUUUCCCACCUGAUCGGCUUAGAGUUCACGAUUGACUGUUUGGGGCUUCAUUUUACCCUCUACAUAACAAGCGGGUGGACUAGAUGCCUUAGCAAGGGUCCAUGUUGUAUGGUGUCUCCAGCCACGCACUCAGCUCAAUCUUAGUACAGUUAAAAAAUGCCUUUCUAGCAAGUUAUCUGCCCAGUGCCUGAAAAGUAUCAUUUCUUGUGUUCAAUAAAAAGGCUCCUAAUUUAAUCAAGGACCUAUGAGAUAACUGUCUUUCAGUUGUGGCAUUGCAAGGAUACAAAUGCAGAGAUAUUUUAAUGUGAUCCUUCUGUAAGAGUGAACCAACGAUAUGAUCUGAAAGCAACUUCACAGGUAAUUCAGGCUUAUGAUUUUACUGUGUAUGUAUUUGGGAGAAGAAAUUCUGUCAGCUCCCAAAGGAUAAACCAGCAGUUGCUUUAUUGGUCUUCAGAUGUGGCUGCAAACACUUGAGACUGAAUUAAGCUUAAAACACGGUACUUAGCAAUCGGGUUGCCAGCAAAGCACUGGAUGCAAGACUUGCCUUCCAGAAGCUUACCAAUCGGGUUGCCAGCAAAGCAGUGGAUGCAAGACUUGCCCUCCAGGAGCUUACCAUCAGAACGGCGAAGGCAAAUAAAUGCAUAAUAUAUAGACGACUUAAAUCCAUACCUGUACACAUUUAAGAAUAAACAGUCCAGUAGUAAGAGGCAGUACAUAUUCAAUCUGCUGAGAAAUGUAGACAAUAACUAUUAUAGGAAUCCUAAUGCUACAGAAGUCACUGGCUGCUGGGAAACCAGGGAAAACUUGGCUAUGGACGUGGGGGCUUGUGUCGGACUCUGAAUAAAGAGCAGAAUGGCAUCCUACUGAGAUACAUAGUAAAGGGGGCGAGGGCAGGGAGGAAGUGGCAAGAAUAACAUUUGUGAAGAUGUCCAGGUGAGAAAUAGAGGUUUCAAUGCUCAAGAUGUUUCCUUUUCCCUUUUAAAUCUGACCUGUGAUUUCCAGCAUUGCUAUUUCGAAUAUCACUGAUUGUUUUUAACUUUAAAGGCAAUGCUGAUGAAUAUAUCUGGUCCUCACCAAGAUCCACUAAAGAAGGAGAUCAAAAAUUUGAAGAUAAAGAAGAAAGGGAGUGGGGGAGAAAACACGUCCAUUGUCUGAAUUAGUGGUUCUCAAAGUGUAGCCUCUCAUCUAGCAGCACUGAUCACCUGGGAUAAAAUCUUGGGCCCCAUGACAGACCUACUGAAUGAGAAACUGAGGGGUGAGACAUAGUAAUCGGUGCUUUAAAAAAGCCCUCCCGAUACACAUUAAAGGUUGAAAGCCACUGAUGCAGGUAACAGCUUUUCUUUCUUUCUUUUCUCUUUCUUUCCCUCCUCCCUCCCUCCCUUCCUUCCCGUCCUUCCCUUCCUUCCUCUUUCUUUUUUUGAGAUGGAGUCUCAAAAA